AUGCAGACAGAUAUUCGGUUAUUACUAUGCACAACUCUCGUGUUCCAUUCGUUUGGACAGGAGGUUAAAAAGCGGUACGAGUUCGAAAAUAUCGUAGGGGGAGCUGGAAGUGCCCGAACGCCAUGGAGGUCCGCCGCCUCAGGCAACUCGUCGCUUCGCAUGUUCAAAGGCGACCAGAUACAGCUGACGCUGUGUGCCGACGUCGCGAGGACACUCAGCGGCUUCCCCAACACCCUGCGCUGUAAGAAUAGACAAUCCAGAGCUGACCUCGACGCUGACUCUCACAUUGGAAGUGACAACUUCGGCGCCGACACCAACGCAUACAUCGGAAAUGGCAACCUUGGAAAUUGCACCGUCAAAGAUUACAUUCUCGGCGACGACGCAAACGCAAACAUCGGAAAUGGCAACUUCGGAAACGACAUCCUCGGAGAUUACAUCAUCGGUAACGACGCAAACGCAAACAUCGGAAAUGGCGACGUUGGAAAUAACACCCGCGGAAAUUACAUCGUCGGCGACGACGCAAACGCGAACAUCGGACAUGGCAACAUCGGAAAUGACUCCCUCGGAAAUGACAUCCUCGGCGACGACGCAAACGCAAACAUCGGAAACAACAACCUCGGGACUGACAACAUCAGAAAGUACAACCUGGAUAGCGACGCCGACGCGAACGCAAACAUCGGAAAUGGCGACGUCGGAAAUCACACCCACGGAAAUUACAUCGUCGGCGACGACGCAAAAGCGAACAUCGGAAAUGACAACCUCGGAAAUUACUCCCUCGGAAAUGACAUCCUCUGCUACGACGCAAACGCAAACAUCGGAAACAACAACCUCGGAAAUUACAACAUCAGAAAGUACAACCCGGAUUACGACGCCGACGCGAACAUCGGAAAUGACAACCUUGGAUUUUACAACUUCGGCGACGACUGGUACAAAUGAGCCAAAAACAGAGGCGGCAAUUAGAAACAGCGUCCAGCAGAACAGCUUUCAAAGCGAUUGCAAAGACGAAUCUAAUGUCAAUAUCCGGUUCAACCCGUCUGUUUGGAAAAACACGAUAUUCAUCGCGCGCGAACAAACUGACGUAAGGCACAGAGGAAAUACGACCACUACCAAUGCGGGCAGAACUUGCGAAACACAGAUUUGGCAGAUUGGCUACGCUAAUAAUCGUAAUGACGAUCUUGGACCAGGUAUAAUGACAUCAUCUAUGACGUAUGCAGUGGGUAACGACACCGACUUCAGAACGUUCCCGGGUACCAUACAAAAAGGAAAACCAAACCAACUGGACGUCACGUACUACAUUCCACGCAAAUUUAACGUUAACUCGGGAAAACUCGAGUUCACGUUAGGUUUGAACAACGUAAACACCGAGAAAACAAUCGGCGUUCAGUAUCUGAACAAAGCAAAAGUGAACCCAUCCGAUGUAAUUUACCGAACGUUUUCACUCAGUGACAAAGUAAACGAAUGGAAAAUUCCAGCAAAGGCUCUCUCACCGUCGUUAGAAAACGUGCUGACGCUACAUUUUGACCGCCUUGAACCGGGACCUGUAAAUAUUGACUACUUAAAACUGGCAUUCAAUCCGCGGAAAUGGGGCACGCAACCGGUGACAUUGCUCUUGGACUCGACAAGAAAUUUGCGCGCGCUUAAAUACAAAGAAAAUGCGAGAAAGAAAAACAAGGAUGUGGAAAUACCUAAAGGCAUGAAUUUGUACGUAGACGGGAAACGCAUCGACGGCGAAAUGGAAAAGGUAGUCUUGAUGCAUAAACCAAAUUUGCAAAUUUUCGCGAUCUCGGAGAAUGGCGAUAUUAACGUGAAUCACGUGACAACGUCCGGCAGACGACAGAACAGACGGACCAUCAGUGAAGACGGCGAGGAUCAACAAAAAGGAGCGUCCGGCUUUUUCAUCGGUAAUCCCGAUAACAACAUUGAGACGGUAGCGUUCAACACGAAGAGUAACGAUAUCAAAAUAACGUACGCAAACGGCACGUUUGUCACGUUUACCUUGCAGUAUUCGGCUCUGGAAACAAGGCUGGUCGUAACCGAUACGAAUAUUGUCGACGGGUCAGUGACAUUCUUCUCUACGCAUAUCUCCGAUGGCCUCGCGGCCGCUAAUGACGUCAUCGUUGACGGUGGCGUUGCACGGAAGCACGUAAUGGAUCCAAGUGUAGGUAACUUGAGCGGUACGAGGUUCAAGUUCGUCAAGACGAAUUCAGACCAGACGUUUGACGUCAGUGAUGAAACGGAGAUCGUAUUUCCCACUCUGUUAUCCGGUUAAUAGUUUGCACGUCGGCUGCAGAGCCAUUUACAUUUGAAGUGAGCGGCUAUUGUCCAUUCAUUUCUGUAGUCAUUCUAUUUAUAGAGGUGUGACAUCAUUGCUUUCGUCCGACCUCCAUGCCAAUGUGUCGUUUCAACAUGUUUUUGAAAGAAGAAACAGACAAGCAUAAUGUAUUGCAUUCUUGAUGAAAAGCCAUGUUUUAACUGAUAACUUUACAUUUGUUUUAAAUUCAAACACUCGUAACUAUGCGUUUAUACUUAAACGUGAAUUACUCUGGCUGUACUUGCGUUGUCAUUUAGUUUUUACUUUCUCUUCCGAGCACGCAUACAAAUAUAUGUAUUAGAGAUAAAAAAAACUAUUGUUUAUUCAUCAAAUCCGGUAGACCAGAAUAGUUCUAAAAACGUAAAUAAAG